AUGUACUCACUGUUUCUGACAUGUGUCCUGUUUGCUUGCAGUAACCCCAAGCUCGUUCUGCUCUUCUGUUCUGAGCUUCUCCAAUCCGGUCAGAGCACCAGCCUGUGGUGGUCGGUGCCUCAGCUGCCGCAGCACCACAAGACCAACCUCUUCUCCGUCAUCGCAGCCUCUAUCAACUCCCUCACUCGCCAGCAACACUCUGCUGCUGCUGCUGCUGCUGCUGCUGCUGGGGGAGUCUCAGCAGGGGCUGAAGGAGCAGCAUGGGGGGCGGUCGCAGCAGGCGGGGUGUCAGCAGAAGGUGCAGGAGUGGGGAUGGGUUCAGAUGGGGGGGGAGGGGUGUCGGAUCACACUAUGCUGGUGCAGAGCAUCAAGCUUGCAUUGGCAGAGAUGCAGGUGGCAGGACGAUCAGGCACUGGCAGCGCCCAGGACAUUGGCUCGCCUCUGAACGUGGCUGUAGCAUCUGUCAUCACGGCUGUAGCAGCUGCGUCCACUGCGCUGGCUCUGGACGAGGUUUUCUGUGUGCCACAGCCACCGCUUCAUCUCAUUGCUGAUGCCUUCGGCCAGAUGGCAAAGAAUAGACCUGCUGUGUUCCGCGCCGUGUGGCCGAAUGUGCUGCGAAAGAUCGUUCCACAGCUGCUGAGUGUCACAGAGACCACCAAGCACGUCUUUGCUGAUGCGAUCGCCCACUGGUGUCGGGCUUUCACGCACGGGCAGGGCAUGGCUGUGGUGCUAGCGCUGCAGGAGAGACGAAGCAGGGAGGCGAGAGGGGAUGUGAAUCAGGAGGGUGGAGCACCGUCAGAUGAGCUCAGGAAUAUCCCAUGGACGGCUGAAGAUUGGGAGGAGUCUGUUGCUCUCCUCCAGUCCGCGUUCGACCUUUUCUUGCAGCGAUGGCUCCUCUCUUCCUCCUCGCCUGCCCGGCUAUCCACAGCCAAGGCGAUGGCAGAGAUGGCGUUUCUUCUGCAGGAGAGCUACCUGCGCUCCACCCUCAGCGCUCUGCUGCCCGCCCUUCGCUCCCUGUAUGGCAAGGAGCCAGAGGAGUAUCAGCACGUACACGUUACAGACAGCCUCGGUACCCUCUUGAGAGCUCUUUUGGGCGGCAGCCCAGACCCAGACGGGCCUUCCGAGGCACAAAUCGCCAGCAGCACCGGUGACAGCAGUUGCAAGAGUGGUGGUGGCCUUGGGGGGCCUGAGCAGGGGCUAUCUGGGGAAGACCAGGCUUUAUCUGGGCCAACAAGGGAAGUCGAUGCAAGCAUGGCCAGUGCUGCUGCUGCUGCCAGUGCUGCUGCUGCUGCCAGCGCUGCUGCGAUUCUUGGGCGGCCCAAACCAGGAAUCAAUCCAAAGGUGCUGCUCCCCACGUUGGAGUUCCUACUCGCCCUCAUUGGCCACUACACCAGCCGCCUGAGCUCCAACGCUGCUGAUAUCCGCAUUACCAUUACUGGACUCAACACAGCCAUGCGGUGCGCAAUGACCAUCACAGAGGCCUUCCCCCAACACGCAAGCGCCUUUGCCAUCCAGAGGGCGGCUCACAGAGGAGUAGAUGUGCGGAUCAGGCAGGGUGCGCUGGUUUUACUGCGCCGCAUUGUGACCAGCAUGCCACAAGUGUGGGCGGGCAAUGAGGAGCAGUUCUGCCAGGGAGCAAUCUACAUCGUCCAAUCAGAAGAGACAAUGGAGAGCACGCAGGACACGUCAGCACAGGAUAUUUUCGCUCUGGGGUGGGUUCAGGGACGUUCAUCCCUGAUUCACCCGUCCUUAGGCCUCCCCUCUAGCGACCCCUCCAGCCCUCCAGGGGUUUCUGCUAGCCCUAGAGGCGGAGAGUGGGGGGGAUUGAGGGAAACAGGAGGAGGAGCAGGAGGAGCAGCCGUGGGGUCGAGCAGUGGUGGAGGAGGGAUGGGCGGAGGGGCAGGGGGAGGAGGAGGAGGAUCAACGGUGGGAGGAGGAGGGUCAGGAGCAGCAGCAGGAGGGGUGUCGCCGAUAGAGGCGGUGCUGCUGCGGCCAGUGGGAGAGGUGGAGGUGGAAUGGAGCUCUGCAUGUGCUUCCCUGCUGGGGGCAGCUGUGCUUGUGCCCAGGAAUACCCCGUGUGACGAGACUCGCAAGGAGAUUGUGCAGGUAAGAAAGCAGUGUAGUGCAUUCAGGAGGUUCAGUAGGAGCAGCAGGAGGGGUGGUGUCGCCGAUAGAGGCGGUGCUGCUGCGGCCAGUGGGAGCGGUGGAGGUGGAGUGGAGCUCUGCGUGCUCGUCCCUGCUGGGUGCGGCUGUGCUUGUGCCCCGGAUUACACCGUCCUGCAAUGCUUAUCAACAAUCAUCGCACGAAAGACACCCUCUGCUGCCCCUGAAGCGGGGGACGAACCUGGGACUGGAGUGCCAGCCAGUGGAACAGGCGGGGCCGAGGGGACGACCAGUGGCUAUGGGAGUGAGGGAGGGAGUAACGGAGGGGACGCAGGGGGUGGUACAGUGGGUGCAGCUGAAAAGGUCGAGAGUGCAGAGAGGGAGAUCCGGGGGCUUUCCCAAUUCAAGCUGCCGCCUCUGGAGGAGCUUCUACCGCGGUUGCUUGUUCUGCUAGGAAGUGACAAGACACUCACCGAUGCACCGAGGAGGAUGAGAAUCUUCCAGGUCCUGGAGUUUGUUCGCCAGAGCACUCUACCUUCUGCGUUUGAGUCUCUCGCUCUCGACAUCGAGCACAUGACGCACUUAGCAGAGCGCCUGGGGAACAAACAGUCUCUGGAGCGCAGAAGAGCUGUUUGGCAGGACGCUACCAUGAAGAUGCUCAAGAGAGCAAUCGACGCUGUGAACCAUGCCGACUGGACCGCGCGGGUGUGUGACGGCUUUGCUGCCUUCUACCUGUGGCCGUGCAUGGAUGCCAGUCAACACAUCCUGCUGCACAGGUGCAUGGGGGCGCUUGUCCAGCGGGCGGCAGACGCCGUCUUUAUUCAGCGCCGGGUGGCUCUCAUGUUUGACUCUGCCGCCCUCUCUGACCCCCUAGACCGGCAUGCCCUUGCCAUGGGGCUAGGCACGGUGGCGGCAGUGCAUCUCGAUGUGGUGUUGGCCACCUUGGAACAAGUCCUUGACUCCUACUCUGUCUCCAAUCUGCAACGCAUAUACCAGUUUGUCAAAACCCUCGGCUCUCAAUCGGCCAUCUUCAUUCCCAAAACCUCCUCCUCCUCUUCCUCCUCCUCCGCUUCCUCUGCUUCCUCUGCCCCCAAGCUCACUCUUCCGCCUCUCGAGCGACUCUUUAAGAAGGAGACUGCCACGUCAGCAGCUGCUGACUUCCUCCGGGACCCGCUGAUGCAUGAUGACGUGUGCGCUGCGUUGGCGCUGACGUAUCGGUACACAGUGGCCUUCUCGGAAGCUUCCGUGGUGGAUUCGCGCAUCAGAACACUGCUGGAUGCGAACGUGUUUGCUCCCUUAGCUGCUGUGACGUCCCUCCCAGCCAAGGCAGCCGUGGUCCAAUCCAUCCUCACACUCGCCUCUGCUGCUCUCACUGCCCCUCCAUCCGCGCUCACCACCCCUCCACCGCCCCAUUCAAGCGCUUACCCAGCUGCCCAUUUAGCCCCAGUCCUUUCGACUUCAACAAGUCAUGUAACGGCCUCCUCCAUACCACAAACAACCGCCAUUAAUCUCAAGAGUCGCGACGAUCUUAUCAGCUGCUGCCUCCAUUUCCUCCCACCCAUCCCCUCCCCGCACCCUCUCACACCACCCUCCAUAUCCUCCUCCUCUUCCACCUCCUCACCUCUACCCACCUCCUCCUCCUCCUUGGCUUCCUAUGCUUCCUCUACGUCCUUCUUUCAGUCGCCUCUCGCCGCUCCUACUCCUGUCUCUUUCCCCGGACCAACGAGGGGAGCGGGAGGGGGAGGGGGAGUGGGUGGAGGAGGGGGAGGGGGAGGGGCAUACGUGUUAGGGGAGGAGGAGGUGCGGCUUCAGAUGGCAUGUGUGCGGGCGUGCACAGCUUUGAUCCAAUCUCAUCCGCAGCUCACUUCAGCCGUUCGCAAGAGUGUGCAGGCGGUCACUCCACUGCUGUGCAUUGACGACUCACCACUGGCUGAGCGUGUGAAAGGAGGAGAGAGAGGAGUGGGGAGAGGAGGAAAAACGGUGAUAGGAAUAGUGGAUGUGGAGGGAAGGGGCGGAGGAGAGGGGAGGAAGGAGCGAGAGGGAUCUAGUUCAAGUGGAUCAGAUAGUGAGAGUGACUCACGCCCACCCCCAGCACGCCCGUCGCUCGGUCUCAGCCCUUCUGUGCCAAGCGACUUUCGAUUCACUGCAACGCACGCUCUCUGCUCCCCCCCCCCUUUUUCCCAUCACCCUCCCCCCUCUUCUCAGAGCAACCCUCCUCCCUCUCCUCCCAGCGCGCCCCUCUCUCAAUCCCAGCCAUCACAGCAACCCCCCCCAUCACGCCCGUCUCUCAACCUCGGGCAUCACGUGGCUGUCGUUCUUCCCUUCUGUGCCAAUGCCGACCCCACACUGCAAUUGCUCGGCUGCAAGGUGGUCCUGUUGCUCCUGACCACAGCUGUCGCCCUCUCCUCUCCACCUGGCGCCCUCCCAGUCACUGCUACCAACCCAAACCAGGGCACAACACCUGACAAUGCACCUGGCAUAUCACCCGACCCCACCAGAUCGCUGCAGCCAUCAGAAUUGGAACACUCCCCUCCUGCCUCUCCCUCCUCCUCUCUGCCUGUCUCCACUCACCCUGACACCGACCAAAUUGAGGAAAGCACCGAAGCCAGCAGCCAGCAGGAAGAGCAGCCCGCAGCAGCAGCAGCAGCAGCAACUGCAGCAGCAACUGCAGCAGCAGCAGCAACUGCAGCAGCAGCAGCAGCAGCAGCAGCAACUGCAGGCUCUUCUUCUUCUUCUUCUUCUUCCUCUGAAGCAACCCAAUCCACAACCUCCAUGCCAGGGGGCAGUCACUCCGCCCUCCUUGCUGCUCUAGAAGCCAAGGUCUCUGCAGCAACGCCACAUCAGGGCUGCUCGCAGGGAGAGAUGGCAGAGGGGGCAGAGGAGCAACGGGCAGUGCUGUUUGACGCUGUUGUGGAGUGCGUUGCACAUGUGCUGACAGCAGAUGAGGUGGCAGUGCUCCUCCUAGCAGCAGACGCGUUUCUCCACAUCACCUGCGCCGGCCACUCCCCCUCCUCGUCCACCACCACCAGCACCAGUUCAGUCCCGUCCGCAGCAGCAUGGGAAACCUCGCAGAACCGGGAAAGGCAAGCACACGAGGAAGAGGAGAGAGGGUCCGAUCACUUGCAGGGCGCAGCAGCAGCAGCAGCAGCAGCAGCAGCAGCAGCAGCAGCAGCAGCAGCAGCAGCAGCAGCAGCGGAGUGUGAGUACGUGGGGAGCGUGGUGACCCGCUGCAUGGACACAGUCCUUCGAAUUGCCUCUCUCAGAGGCCACCAGCUGCAGCAAAAAGAAUCUGAGGCUGAGGAGGGUUCAGUGCAGCCUGCACACGGGUUAAAGCAGCAGCUGCUGCUGCAGGAGCGGGAGGAUUUGGAGCAGCAGGGCAGGGCAGGGAGGAUCAUAGAGCGAAUUGGCAGGGCGGGAAGGGUCAUCGAGUGCAUUGUUGCGGCGUCCCUUGGGUGUCACUACCGUUCGGUGCGUCUGCCUGCCUUUGCUGCGGUCUGCUCUCUGGCGGCUGCCUGUGUCCCCGCUGCCCUGUUCCGCUGCGUGCUACAACAUGUGGAAGAAACUUCUGGGAAGCUGCCGGCACUUGAAGAGCUUGUAGAGGAAAUUGCGCGGCACCCGUCUCUUGGCCCCCAGCUGUUCCUCCUGCUCCUGCCGAAGCUCAUCCCGGGCUUUGACCCUGUUGGCCUGGCCGACUUGCAUCAAGCAGCACAGCGGCAAGCUUUGAUGCAGAAGCAAGGGAGUGAGCAGUCAGCAGCAGCGCCACAAGGGGCUGGAGAAGCAGCAGCAGAAGGCGUUCCUACAGAGGGGCAAAAGGACGAGUCUGCUGCAUCAGUAGGAGUGGAACAGGCACACCUGGGGCAGGCUGUAUCUGAGGCUGCUGCUGCUGCCAGUGCUGCUGCUGCUGCCGGUGGGGGUGUGGGGAGUGCAGGCAAGCCCUUCAUCUACUCCUCUGGCUCCAAAGCAGCCAUCAGGAUGCUUGGGAUCAUGCUCGGGCACCCUUUGACCGACCUCAAGCAAGCAGCACUGCCCUACACCAUCCCCACCGUCCACACGCUCCAUCUGCUGCUCUCCAACCUCAAGCAAGCAGCACUACCCUACACCAUCCCCACCGUUCACACCCUUCACCUGCUGCUCUGUGCUCUCGCCAUCGACACCAUCGCCUCUCACCCCGAGGCUGCCCUUGCUUCCGAGGGCCCUCUCAGCAAGAGGAUCAACGAUGCCAUCACAGCAGCAGACGGAGGCCUGUGGUCCAGCGACCCUUUCCUGCUGGUUUACAGCGCCCUCCGCUCCGUGGCUCAUUUCUUCAACCACCAAUCUCUCAUCGAGGCCCUCGAAACCUUCUCACCAGACAGCCUUGGGGGGAAGGGAACAGCACAGGGGGGCACUGGCGAAAAUGCGAGCAGCGGGAUGGACGUGACUGCAGGGCAGCUGUCCGUGCUGUGUGGACUGGUGGCGGCGCUUGUGGGGGCCAUGCUGACUGUGGGAGAGCAGGAUGAGGUGCUCUCUGUUGAGGCGUUUCUCUCCCAAGCCGUGGAGUGUGCUAGUGUGUACAAGUAUAUCACGGACGCUGCUCUCAUAUGCCAUGGCAUGAGCGUGGGGUGGAGAAAGGACGGUUCUGAUUUGGAGGCAACGAUUGCAUGGCAGCUGGAGCGCUUCCAGGAAGCUUCCUCUGCUGCUCGAGCUGUCGUCCUGCUUAUACUCUCCAAGCUCCCCCAGUCCUUGCCCCCACCACCCCCCGUGGCUCAUCGCAUUCUUUCUACUGCCUCGCUUUCCUUGCAAGACCCGAGCGCCAUGGUCUCACUCGCUGCUGCCAUUUGCACGCACCAGUGUCUCUCCCAGUGCAGCUUUCCGGCCAAUCAGGCGCUGCCAGCUGCCACCAUCCUCCAAUCAACGCGAGCUAUCAUGAGGGACCGUGCGCCCCAAGCCCAGGCCGCAGCAGCGUGGAUGGCAGGCGCGCUGGCAAGCAGUCUCCUGAGGCAGCAGAAGCUGCAGCGUGAACCCAGCAGUGGGGAUGAGUGCAGUGAGCAGCCCCCGCCAAGCACUGCAGAAUGCUCAAGAGCACAGCUGCAAGAUAUUGAGCCUGAGGUUCGGGAAACAAUGACAACCCUGUGGUUCUUAUCGGAGCAUCAACCAGACCUAGUCACAAGCGCAUGCAAGGCAUCAUCUUUCUGCCUGGCUCGGCUACUUUCGUCCGAUCAAGGGAUCGAGUGCACCCACGCACCGUUGAUGGAAUCGGGUCUCUUCACCAAAAGCUUCUACCAGUUUCUCUCGAAUGACUUUGUAACGAGUUUUGAUGCUUACACUGGCUUCACACUGGAA